AUAAACUUGUUUUAUCCCAAUUCUUCGAAAGCUUUUGCUUCCUUUGUUUUUGGAGUCUCUGGUAAUCUCAAAUUGUCUGAGAUUCUGCCGGAACGUAGAGAGAUCCGGCGCCAUCACUGUAACUGCUUAUAAUUCAACCCGAAGUUAUGAACCCAGAGUAUGACUAUCUGUUUAAGCUUCUUCUCAUUGGAGAUUCUGGUGUUGGGAAAUCAUGCCUGCUUCUGAGAUUUGCUGACGAUUCGUAUCUUGAAAGUUACAUCAGCACUAUUGGCGUUGACUUUAAAAUACGCACUGUGGAGCAGGACGGAAAGACUAUUAAACUUCAGAUUUGGGACACUGCUGGGCAAGAGCGUUUCAGGACAAUCACUAGCAGCUACUACCGCGGAGCACAUGGGAUUAUUAUUGUGUACGAUGUCACAGACCAAGAAAGCUUUAACAACGUGAAGCAGUGGUUGAACGAGAUUGAUCGUUAUGCGAGUGAUAAUGUUAACAAGCUUCUGGUUGGGAACAAGAGUGAUCUCACCGCAAAUAAAGUCGUGUCAACUGAAACUGCUAAGGCCUUCGCUGAUGAGAUAGGGAUCCCAUUCCUUGAAACCAGUGCAAAAAAUGCGACUAAUGUUGAGCAAGCCUUUAUGGCCAUGGCUGCUGAAAUAAAAAACAGGAUGGCAAGCCAACCUGCUAUGAACAGUGCUAAGCCUCCAACCGUUCAGAUCCGAGGACAACCCGUGACUCAGAAUAGUGGUUGCUGCUCCUCUUCUUAAGGAUGAGAUAAAGAUGUCUUUAGUUCGGACUUUUUAUCUCUCUGACAAUCUUUGUCCCUCCAUCCUUGUAAAACUAGUCUCUCUCUGGCGCACACUUAUUCAUCAGCCAGCUUCCUUCUCUCACGGGAUCAUUUCCUGAUUGCUCUUUUACUAUUUGUUCUUCAGCUAUUGCUGAAGCUGAUCCUUUGUGUUGUUUUUUUCUUUUCUCUUUUCUUUUUAAAGGGCCUGUAGAAACCGGGAAUGUUUUUAGUAAAUAGCUGCGCAUGAUUUUUUUUCAGUUUUGCGUAUUGUGUUU